AUGCCUUAUCUUGCACCUAAACUACUAUACACAUUUCUAUUUGCUUGUCAGGGUUCUGCUCCAGUCUAUCUUGCCUUAUUCUACUCUUCUCAACUAGGCCUCAAAGGGGAUCAGAUUGGUCUACUCGUUGCUAUCGCUCCCUUUAUCUCUGCUAUUGCUUGUCCGUUAUGGGCUGCCAUUGCUGAUAAAACAAAGACUCAUAGUUACAUCAUGUGCAUUGUUCAUACAUUAGCUACUAUUGCUAUAGUAAGUGUCAUGGGUAUAUCAGUGGUGGUCCAACCUGUAGUAGAUGAAGUUGAUAGAAACAAACUUACGAUAGCACUCGUCACUGUCACUUCGGUAUGCUUUGCUUUCUUUGGUGUUCCUGUGCUGCCAUUAGUGGAUGGAGGCGUGCUCAAGAUUCUGGGCAGAAAUAAGGACCAAUACGGAAGACAGCGCAUGUUUGGAUCCAUUUCGUUUGGCGUAGCAUCUUCCUUGGUGGGAUUCAUCACUGACUGGACAGGCGAUAUGAACGCCAUCUUUUACAUCUAUGCGCUCUCUGCCAUCUGUUUCAUCCUGGUGUGCGGUAAUACCCAGUUCAAAUCUGAGAGAAUUGACGAUGCACCCCAUAGACCCUAUCUCAUUCGUACCAGAUCAAGCAGCAACAUGACACCCACCCUCAACAGUACGCCGACUACAAAUAACAAAAAGAGCUCUUCUCCUCCUCCUUCUCCACAUCGUAUGACGUCCAUAUCCACAUCUUCCAAUACAACUAGCAAUAGCAACAAUAGACGCAAGAUGAAGCAACUUCAAGUGGAUCCCUAUGAUGAAGUGGGCAUUGAUUUAGACUCUUCACAAAUACGACAAAAUGAGAUUCAGCGAUUGAUCCAAUUUGCAACGGAAUCCAGCAUUAUAGAAGCUGUGAACUUGUCCAAUCCACCAUCGCAUAGACGCAAUGCCAGGCCACCUCAUCUAGACGAGCCAGCAACGUUGAUACAGCUGCUCAAAAAGCCUGACGUAUCCCUGUUCUUUCUUACCAUGAUGUUGAUGGGUGCUGCCUUGAAUAUGGUGGUUAGUUUCUUGUUUAUCUACCUCAAGCAAGAUUUGGGUGCAAGUUCCUCUCAAGUGGGAUUAACCGGCCUCAUAGGAUCAACCACAGAGCUUGUAUUCUUCUUUUAUUCCAAGGACCUUAUCCGAUUGUUUGGUAUCAAGAGCUUGAUUAUAUUGGGUCAUCUGCUGACCAUUAUUCGUGUAUUCGCUUACACAAUUAUACCCAAAGGACCCACCGGUGCAAACAUCGCUCUUGGAUUGCAUUUACUGAAUGGCGUUGCUUUCUCUGCUCUGUGGGGUGCUGGUGUUGUUCAGGCAGACGAACUUGCACCACCCUCAUUGCAAGCAACCUCCCAAGGCGUGUUGGCUGCCAUGUACGCUGGUAUUGGCGCUGGCUUAGGGAGUCUGGUAGGAGGCGUCAUUUAUGAGCAGUACGGAUGCAAUGCCAUGUUCUACACGGUUAUUGUCUUGACCUUGAUUAGUUUAGAAAUCUAUUUGGAAACGAAUACCUGGUGUGGUCUUAGCGAUAUGAUGCGUUGGUUGUAUAGAACUACCGUUCAUGUAUACCAGUGGAUUCAACAUGCUAGAGGCAUUGGUCAGGCUGUGCCAAGGUGGAGUGGUGGUGGGCGUAUUCGAUUAGAAGAGGAUGAUGCGUAG